AUGCUGAACAUCAGCGCUGCGCUGCAGGAGCGGGGCGAACUGGAGCGUGUGCUCUUCAUCACGCUGCUCUCGCUGCCCUGCUCUCUGUUCCUGCUGGUUAACGGCGUCCUGUUGUUCACUCUGACCAGUAAAGUGGUGUUUCGUGAGACCCCCCGUUACGUGCUCCUCUAUAACCUGCUGCUCGCGGACACGGUGCACCUGGUGCAUGCUCAGCUGAUGUACGUGCUGGCCACCUGUCGCGUCAUGCUGACGUUCCCCGUGUGCGGCGUCCUCGUCACCUUGGCCAGCCUCGUUAAUGAAAUCUGUCCGCUCACGCUGGUGCUGAUGUCUGUGGAGCGCUACGUGGCCGUGUGUUUCCCGCUCAGACACGCCAGCCUCGUCACGCUCACCAACACGGGGGCGAGUAUCUGCGCGGUGUGGGCGCUGAGUUUUCUCCACGUGGCCAUGAGACUCGUUUUUAUGUUCGAUUUUCCGUUUGAAGCUCUGGACAGUCUGCAGAUGGACAUGAUUUGCUCGUCCGAGAACAUGAUGAUUGGAUCUUUGUCUGAUCAGUAUAACAAAGUUUACUCGUACAUGGUGAUGACGGUGGCCGCGGUGGUCAUCGGCUGCUCUUACGUGGGCGUGGUGCUGGCAGCCAGAUCAGCCUCCGCAGACAAAGCUUCAGCCCUAAAGGCUCGAAAGACGCUGCUGCUUCAUCUGGUCCAGCUGUGCCUCAGUCUCUGCUCCAUGCUCUACUCCUUCACCACCAAACUGCUCGCCAGCAUCAUCCUGGACAGGGCCACACUUUCGCGGAUCAAAACGAGUCUGUACGUGUGCAUUCAGCUGCUGCCCAGGUGUCUGAGCGCGCUGAUCUAUGGCCUCAGAGACUCGAGGAUCAGACCCAUCCUCUUGUUCUACCUCUGCUGUGGCCUCAAACUCCGAGUCGUCACGGCCGAGCCUCUGACACCAAACCCUGUCUGUCAUUCGGGGAUUUUACUGUCAUGA